UUUUUUUUUUUUUUAUUUCUUUUUCAUCUUUUAUUCAUGAAAACUGACGUGAUACCCUUUGAUAUUGCUCAUUGUUCUUCAUUUGAACAAGACUAUAACCCAGAGUUCUUAAUUGAUUCAAACAACAAUAGAGGCUGGCAAACAAAAAAAUUCCCUGAAUAUCCUCAAGAUUUAAUUUUACAACUCAAACCUGGUUUAUGCCAUAUUUACAAGGUUGAGAUCUUGUCUCAUCACUACAAGAUUGCGUCCCAGAUUGAGUUUUAUACUGGUAUAACAAAAGAGCAAGAACAGGAUGCAAUGUAUAUCCAGUUUACUCGACUUGGUUUUGUAACUCUUGAUAAUAAUAAUCGUUUUCAAGACCGAGAACUCAAGUCAAUCAAAGUUCAAGCGGAUUGUGAAUAUAUUCGGCUAGUUAUCAAGGGUUGUUAUGAAAACAGACUGAAUGUUCAUAAACAAGUUGGAUUUUUAGCUUUGAAUAUCUUGGGUCACCAUGUCAUGAGUAUAGAACAAGGUAGUCCUUCACCCUAUCAACAACCAGUAGAUCAGCAAUUACAACAUUCGCCUGUCUUACAAAACACAGAUCAUGAUUUCAACUUGGAACAUUGGAUUCAAGUCAUUCAAAACGCCGAAGAAGAAGCAGCCCAAGAGGAAGAUUUUAAGGAAGCAAAGAUUUACAAAGAAUUAGGAGACAGAUUGACGGGUCUUUGGCGGUUUCUUAUUAAUUUGGAAAGUGAUAAGCAACAAGCUGUGGUCACAAAGGAUUACGAUGAAGCAGAAAAAAUUAAGGCUGAUAUGGUUCAAGUGAGAUAUACAGCUGAAUCACUUUUGAAGCAAUCUGGAAUUCAAAUCACAAGAGAAGGAGAUAUUUUACCUUGUGAAAACAUGGUCUUAUCUUAUCAUAGUGAAGAAGACACAGCAUCAUUUAAAGAGGAGGAAGAAGAACAAGAAGAGGAGGAGGAGGAAAUGAAAAACCGUAUUCCUGAUAUUCAGUCUGCUGUUGGCAAUGAGUCUGGCAAGCUCAGUAUUUCAACUCAACACAAGACACAACACCCUGAUCAGUUAUUAGAUGAAGCCAUUGCUAACUGGACAAGUUUUGAUGCAUUGUCUAUCAACAACACACCUACUGAAGCUGUAAGCAGUCCCUCCUUAUUGUCUGCAAGAAUUCCCAUUCAUCAAGCACCUGUUGAAAAAGCACCUCUUGAACAGAAACAAGUACCUGAAGACCCUGAAUUGGUGCCUGAACCUUUAACUGCAGACGAUAUUGAGUCUUGUGAGUUAGCUAUUGAUCAAUUUGGUCAAGAACUUGUAGCCCGUAUUAUGAGCGUCAAAGUCAAAUGCAGACAGAACGGAUUGAAUCAAUUAUCUGACUUGAUUCAACAACAAGAAUCGUCUGACUUACAAUUCAUUCAGGCGUCUAUUUCCAUGAUUCAAGAAGCCAUCAUGGACUCAAGAGAAUCUAUCUUCAAUCAGGCCAUUCAGUCAUGGAAGACCUUAUUUGAAUUCUGCCAAUACCAAAUGAACGAUGACGAUCAAAAAAAGCACAUCUUGAGUUCAAUUGAAAAGUUCUUUUCUCGCUUAUUGAUGCGUACGAGUGAUAGUAAUCCUGGUAUUAAAUCUAGUGCCGUCAAGACUAUUCUAGACCUGAUUGAAUUCAACAAAAAACUAAUUCCUCUUUGUUUGAAGGAACGCAUGAUUCGUAACCUUAAAGAUGCCAAGGCUCGGUUAGAAUUGGUGACUCUGAUUACGAAAAAAGUACUUGUCAAAGAAUGGAAAUCAAAUACAUCUAAUUUCCGUCAACACAUCAUGAAAUUCAUUGUUUCUUAUCUCAAAACUCAUCCUCAUACUGAUGUGCGACAAUCGACUUGGGAGCUUUUGGUUCUUGUUGCACAACAUCAGCAGAAAGAUGCUGAUUUCAAAGCUAUCUGUACAUUCUUAGAAAACGAUACCAUUAGGGCACUUGAACAGGAACUGAAAAAGAAUGAGAAAAAGAAGUUGAAAUCAACUACAUCAAGCACUGUGCAAGAACUAAGAGCACUUGCUGUAAAAUCAAAUUCUGGUAGUACAACAACAACAACAACAACAAAGAAAUCGUCAUCUAAAAAGCCAACAACAGAUAAACGUAGUACAACAACAAAUGCUAAAAAAACCAAGACCAAGAAACAGCAAAAACCCGUUGUUGAACAAGAAGUAGAAGAGGAGGAUGAAGAAAAGACAAAUGUCUGCAUCUUUUGUGACAAGGUAGAUGACAGCUUCAAUGAGGAUACACUUAUUGCUCAUUACUAUAAUGACUGCCCUGUUCUCACAAACUGCCCCAUGUGUCAAAUUAUACUUGAAGUUUCAACCUUGAAGGAACAUUUGGAAAUCGACUGCGAAAAGAAACACCUUGUCAAACAAUGCUCACAAUGCAAAACUUCUAUUCCGGUUGAACAAUGGCUACAACAUACAUUAAAAAAGACAUGCACAGUUACUGCUCAAGAUCAAUCGAGAUGCCCCUUUUGUCAAUUAGAUAUGACAAAAUCAAGCGAAAAGGCUUGGAAGUCGCACUUGAUUAAUACAUGUCCCAAGAACCCUCGUAGAAAGCAAAAAUAGACAUUCCAUAAGAAAAAAAAAUCGAUACCAAAGUAGUUUCUUUUUUAUUCCUCAUAUUGAUAAAGUAUAUUAAAUCAUAAUAGCCGGUUUACCCAAAAGC